AUGCACACUGCCCAGCUCGUCAAGGAACACUCCCAUGCCUUCCAGAACAGACCAAACUACACCCAGACCGACAGCCAGCCAGUAUUAGGCGCGGAUGCGCUCGAUAAACCAUCGACCAGCGCGGAACCCAGCGCCGAAGACUCCAACCCCGAGGGAAAAGCCCUCAAGCCAACUGCAGAGAUGAAAGCCGCAGCAGCAGAGCCACAAGAUCACUCUCCUCUCGGGAAUCCAGAAGUCAACGCUUCCAAGCUGUCAGUGGGACCGAAGGACGAAUUAGUAGCUGGUGGAAAGCCUGGGGAGAAGCGCGAUCUGGAUUCAAGUCUGGGCUCGCCUUCAGCGGCUCAGGAACCAAAGAAGGCAGAGCCUGAAUCAACCGGCGAUCGCGAUGCCAAGAAGCUGAAGAAGGACGAGUCUGCUUCUUCAAAGUCUAAUGGGGAUGCUACUUCGAGUGUGGAUGGACAGAAGAAGACCAGUCGGCCUAAGAAGGAGAAGAUUAAGGAUGCGAUGCAUAAGAUCAUCCCUGAUGGUAUUGGUCGGCGCACUCGCAGUCAGACCAAGGGGACCUGA